UGCCUAUAUAUAGCUGCACCCUCAGUCACAUACGCUCUAGCUUGUACGUGCUAGCUAGCUAGUACACACAACACGUCCCGGCCGGUGCAGGUGCAGCUAGCCGCGCACAGAGCGUGCAGUUAGCUAGGGGACUGACGACCGACGACCGACUGAUCUAGCGAACGAUGGGACGGUCCCCGUGCUGCGACAAAACGAGGGUAAAGCGGGGGCCGUGGUCGCAGGAGGAGGAUACCAUCCUCAGGACCUUCGUCGAGAGGUUCGGCAAUGCCGGCAACUGGAUCGCCCUGCCUCAGAAAGCAGGGCUGAAACGAUGCGGUAAGAGCUGCCGCCUGCGCUGGCUCAACUACCUCCGCCCGGAGCUCCGGCACGGCGGCUUCACCGACGAGGAAGACAACCUCAUCCUGUCCCUCUACGGCGAAAUAGGAAGCAAGUGGUCGGUAAUCGCAUCGAGGCUCCCCGGGCGGACGGACAACGACGUCAAGAACUACUGGAACACCAAGCUCAAGAAGAGGUACUUGGCGACCAUCACAGGAAAAGGGACACCACCGCCACCAACUCCUCCUCCUAGCAGCGAUGACAGCGUCGCCGCCGCCGACGAUAGCCAGUCCCAAGACGAUGAACCCCCUCCGUCGACUCCUCCUGCACUCGCCAAUCUCGAUACAACCCUUGUUGACACAGCGGUCGACGACGACGAGCUUCUCCUCAAGUCAGAGCAGCUGUACACCGAGCUCAUGGACCUCAUCGAGCAGCCGUCGCCGACCACUGCUGGACCGUCGACCGCGGAGGCGUGGGCGUCAUCGUCGUCGGGAACAAGUCCGACGGUCAGCAGCUCAGGUAGCUGCAGCAUGUGGACCAUGAAUGUGCAUGACACAACACUGUUGUCCGAGUCCAGCACGAGCACGAGCAGCAGCUUGUUCGAAUACACUUAUGGUGGCGAUGACGCGUUCGGUGCGGCUCUGCCCGCGGCGUACUCCUUCCAAGACUUGCUUGCCGCGUCUUACAACGAGGUUACAGCGGUGACGCACGAGUUCCUGUACUACUAGUACUUCAUCCGUUUCAAAAAUAUAUGAUAUAUUAGAAUUUAAAAAAAAGUCAGACUUUAUAAAUUUUGAUUAACAAUUAAUACUAAUUAUGUGUAUAUUUAGUAUACAAAAGAUCAAUAGAUUCAUAUAUCUAAGAGAAAAUAAUGAUCAAAGUAUAUUGUAAAAAGAAAUGGAGAGAGUACUGGGCAAUGACUUGAUCAACUUGGUGUUGUACAUAAGAGUGACACUGCAUAUGCCUAGCUGCUAGGCA